GAUGAUGACGACACGUUCAUGCGCCGGAUAUGUAGACCUCCAUCAGAUCAGAAGCCUCCAAUGCUGAUGUGUUACAAGAAAGCCCACCUGAGUCUCUUCUUUGAUGCAGUGAUAACAUAACAAGGGAGAGAAGCGGCGGCGGCUCACAGGUCGAUGACAAAGAAGACGAAAGAGGAAGAAACCAACAGCAGCGAAUGGCGCCCAAAGGGAAAGUUGGCACAAAGGGAAAGAAGCAGAUCUACGAGGAGAACGAGGCGACUCUGAAGUUCUACACCAGAGUCAUCCUAGGAGCUAACGCAAUAUAUGGUGCUGUAAAUCUUUUGGUUUUCUACAGUUCGUCUUCAUUUUGGACAUGGCUCCAUCUCAUGUUCGCACUAGCAGUGUACGUCGGGAGUUACCGCUCCAUGUCUGCCAUGGCCAAGCCAGUGUUUGCUGAAGACGGAAGUCUGCUGGAUGGAGGAAUAGACUUAAACAUGGAGCAGGGAAUGGCAGAGCACCUGAAGGACGUCAUCCUGCUCACAGCCAUCGUACAAGUGCUCAGCACAAUCUCCUCUUAUUUCUGGUAUCUUUGGAUGCUGGCCCCGUUCCGAGCCCUCCACCUGCUGUGGGUGAACUUCCUGGGCCCCUGGUUUAUGGCAGAAAGCCCGUCGGCACCAGAGGAAGUGAACGAGAAGAAGCAGAGAAGACAAGAGCGCAGACAGAUGAAGAGAUUCUGAUGCUGCGGGGCAGACGGAGCAGUAUUUUUAUACACAGAAUCUAAUAUACAGAUAGCGAGGAGCUCAUAAGUUAUUCAGGAAGAAAUUUUGUUAUUAAAUUAAACUCAAUCCCAAUCUGAUACGGUGGAAUCUUGUUCUCCAUGUUUGUUUGUUUUUUCUCCUGUAAUCUAAUUCUCUGCCUAAACUAUUAAAUGAAGCGUUCCCUAUUUAGAUACUGUCACGGUCCAAAUCUCGUUUAUCGUCAUGCAGAGAUUUAAAGAGUUUUUGCUGUUGCACAGUCACGUCACACCGGCCCCCUGCAGAUUUCCAUCAAACGUCCCCACUAACCAACACACGCGGUGCCGUGACGAAAAUGAGUCGAAAAACUAUAGCCUGCAAAAUUUACUCUGUCAGUUCCACUUUUGUCAUGGCAUGUCUUUUAUUUUUACUUAAUUUAAUUUUUUUAAAAUGUUUCUGAUGUAGAAUCAUGAUUUUGUUUGUGAGCUCUUCUAAAAUCGACUGAAUAGAAAACAAGAUUUAAUAGGUAAAAAAAUAACUUUUUUUGCAAUAAAAUGUUCCCAGUUUGUG